AUGUCCGUCCCCAUCAACGUAUUCACUCGCAACGUUCAAUCCAUCCUCUCCGCCUUGACUUCCAGUGACUCGCCCUACGCUGUCGCUGAUACGCCGGUUUCCAUCGUUCUGAUCACCCCUGGGCCCUGCUUACCGAGCAUGUUCCCCGAUCCCGCAGAAAAGGAGUGGUGCACUCAGGACUCCAUGCGCAAGUAUCGCGAUGCAGUCCUCGAAGUGGGCAAGGAGUGGAAGUCCAAAGAGGCGGAGCAGGCGACCGCGCGAGGUUGGAGCAUUGAGACGGUCGACGCGUGGGGAAGCGUGGUGGGUCAGGCCGGGGGUCAAGCGGAGGAGCUGAGACCUUAUUUCAAGGAUGGUAUCCAUCUCUCUACCAAAGGCUACGCGACCGUCGAGGAGAGGAUCAGCCGUGUCGUCCAGACCAAAUUUGCGGGCAGGGGUCUCGACUGGGAAGAUGAGGCGGACCUACCGAAGCGUGCACCCAUAGGCUUUGGCGGCUGGAACUCUAAUGGGACGCGCGUUCUGAUGGAUCACAUAUUCGCUAAGAAGGGCGAAGCCUCGACUUCGCCAAUAGUCCGCCUUGUCACCCUUUGGAUCGGCACGAACGACUCUGUACUCCCGCCAAAGGAUCAGACUGUCUCUCUCCCCGACUUCGUCAAAAACCUGCACGCUCUCCUCUCCGACCUGACAUCCCCUUCCUCGCCCUACGUUAUCGCUGACACGCCUCUCUCCAUCAUUCUCAUCACCCCCGGACCAUGUUUGACUAGUAUGUUUGAGAACUACAAAGUCAAAUGGCGCACGCCGGAGUCGACGCGAGAGUUCCGGGACGCAGUACUGCAAGUCGGCGCGGAGUGGAAGGGUCGUGAGAAGGCGCAAGAGCUGAACGGAGCCAAGGAGAGGGGAUGGAGCAUCGAGACAGUCGACUUCUGGGCGGACCUGGUUAAGCAGGCGGGAGGGGAUGGGGAGGAGUUGCGGCCGUACCUGACGGACGGCCUACAUCUCACAUCAGAGGGGUAUGAUGUGGUAUGGGAAGGCGUGUCCAAUGCGAUCCAGAAGAAAUUCAAGGGCAGGGGACUGGACUGGGAGGACGAGGAGGAUCUGCCGAAACGCGUACCGUGGUGCGGGGAUGUGGACUGGUCGAGACCGGAAUCUAUCGUCGAGGGUAUGAGAUUGCCUGCAUUCAGGCUCAGGACCUGA